GUCACGCCCUGCGCCGUCGGUAGGGCUGUCUCAUAAGCUGUAGGCAUUCUCCGCGCGCUCCUCCUUCUCCGUUUCUCCCGACGUCCAGGCUCCGCCCGUUUCCCUCCUCCAGGGCAGCCUCAGCCCGCUCCUGUCUUCCGUGCCUCUGCUACUUCUGCUGAAGGAGGAGGCUCCAUGUUGUCCCCUCAGCGAACUGCAGCGGUGGCAUCGAGAGGAGCAGGUGAUGCCAUGGAGAGUGGAAAACCUGGUCCAGUGCAGGUUGUUUUGGUUCAUAAAGAGCAACAUUCCUUUGAGCUAGAAGAGCGAGCCUUGGCCAGCAUCCUCCUCCAAGACCAUAUCCGAGAUCUUGAUGUGGUGGUAGUAUCAGUGGCUGGUGCUUUUCGAAAGGGCAAAUCCUUCAUUCUGGACUUUAUGCUGCGAUACUUAUAUUCUCAGGAAGGUGGUCAUUUAAAUUGGUUGGGUGAUCCAGAAGAACCACUGACAGGAUUUUCAUGGCGAGGAGGCUCUGACCCAGAAACUACUGGGAUUCAGAUUUGGAGUGAAGUUUUCACUGUGAAGAAGCCAUGUGGGAAAAAGGUUGCAGUUGUUCUGAUGGAUACCCAGGGAGCCUUUGACAGCCAGUCAACUGUGAAGGACUGUGCUACCAUUUUUGCUCUAAGCACUAUGACUAGUUCUGUUCAGAUUUACAAUUUGUCCCAGAAUAUUCAGGAGGAUGAUCUUCAGCAGCUACAGCUCUUCACAGAAUAUGGCCGUCUGGCAAUGGACGAAAUUUUCCAAAAACCUUUCCAGACACUGAUGUUUUUGGUGCGAGAUUGGAGUUUCCCUUAUGAAUAUAACUAUGGACUGCAAGGAGGAAUGGCAUUUUUGGAUAAGCGUUUACAGGUGAAGGAACAUCAACAUGAAGAAAUUCAGAACGUUCGAAAUCAUAUUCACUCAUGUUUCUCCGAUGUCACCUGUUUUCUCUUACCACAUCCAGGGCUCCAGGUGGCCACAAGCCCCAACUUUGAUGGGAAAUUGAAAGAUAUUGCUAGUGAAUUCAAAGAGCAGUUACAGGCUCUAAUACCAUAUGUACUAAAUCCAUCUAAAUUAAUGGAGAAGGAGAUCAAUGGUUCAAAAGUCACCUGCCGAGGACUAUUGGAAUAUUUUAAGGCAUAUAUUAAAAUUUACCAAGGAGAAGAUCUGCCUCACCCCAAAUCCAUGCUUCAGGCCACUGCUGAAGCCAACAAUUUGGCAGCUGCAGCCUCUGCCAAAGAUAUUUAUUACAACAACAUGGAAGAGGUUUGUGGGGGAGAGAAACCUUAUUUGUCUCCAGACAUUUUAGAAGAGAAGCACCAAGAAUUCAAACAACUUGCUCUGGACCACUUUAAGAAGACCAAAAAGAUGGGUGGGAAAGAUUUCAGCUUCCGUUACCAGCAGGAGCUGGAGGAGGAAAUCAAAGAACUGUAUGAGAACUUCUGCAAGCACAAUGGCAGCAAGAAUGUCUUCAGCACCUUCCGAACCCCUGCAGUUCUGUUCACAGGCAUAGCAGCAUUGUAUAUAGCCUCGGGCUUCACAGGCUUCAUUGGGCUUGAGGUUGUGGCCCAGCUGUUCAACUGUAUGGUUGGACUGCUGUUAAUAGCACUCCUUACGUGGGGGUACAUCAGAUAUUCCGGGCAGUAUCGUGAGCUGGGUGGAGCUAUCGACUCCGGUGCAGCAUAUGUGUUAGAGCAGGCUUCUUCUCAUAUUGGUAAUUCUACUCAGUCUGCAGUAAGGGAUGCUGUCGUUGGGAGACCACCUGCCGAUAAAAAAUCUCAAUAGCAUCUUAACGGGAAGAUCCAACAAACGCCCAGUCAGCUUUUGGAUUUCCGCCAGCACCAUCACAGGCCCAAGGCCAGAGGAAUGGCAGAUCCGAGACCGUCCUGUAGAUCUGAGACAGGGCACUGUAAUAAAUGAACUGACCUCUGCUGUGGUUUCCAGCUCCACUUGGCUUGGAAGCUGUUCUUUUUCUUGCUGUUACAGACUAUUCUCUAUUCUCUGCUUUUUGCACUUUAAGGGGUGGGGGUGGGGGCUAAAAGGAAAACAGAAAUGCCGCUUUUAAGUUUUUGAUGUGCCACAUAGUGCCUUUUAAGACCAGUACGGCCCUCUGCAGCCACGAAGGCUAAGAAUGGAGGACAACAUCAUGAAAUGUGGUGGUUUUGGAUCAAGUUCUCUCAGAUUUUAGUUCUUUUGUACCUUUGAAGAUUUGUCUUUUAAAAAGUUUACACAACUUGAAAAAGGCUCAGAAUGAAAGCCCCACUGAAAUGAUGUUUUAUUAUACUUAAAAAUUUUCCUCCUAGUACUGGUGAUUGAACUAUUGCCUGAGUAUGCUAAGCAGCUGCACGGCCCUGCAACUGCCCCAGCAUGCGGGACUGUGCUCACUCAGGGCGUGAAACUGCCCAUUCUCGGGGCUGUGAGCGCUCCAUCCUCCUCCUCUUCCUAAGUUCUUGAGUAGUUGGAUACAGACUGGUGGUACCAUCCUCGCUUCAAAAGCCUUAUUUAUAUGAAUUCUCUUUGCUAUGCAGCGUGAAAGAAGUUCAAUGACUUAAUACUCUGUGUUUGAUUGUAAGGUCUUAUACCGAGUAGGCCGGCAGUUUAUUGAACUUGCUUUUUAAAUUUUUAUUUCUAUAGCUUCUUUCUAGAAAAGAGGCAAACUAUUCUUAAAAAGUCAGCAGUUUAUAGUAAAAGGAAUGGGCUAGAUACUUCAUGGUAAAAUUGGAGUUUGAAUGAACCAUGUAACCUCUGAUAAGUCACCUUCAAUUUGUGUCUUGGUGAGAUUCACUGUACAUUUAUGUCAGUCACAAAAAUAGUCAUUUUCAACAGAAAAAAGGCAUUACCAAAUAUUAUUCCUUUUAAUUAAUGUUCACUUUCAUUUUGCCUAGUGGUAAUACCAAAUGAUCUGAUCUAAAGUCCUUACCCAAACUGUGUGUGUGUGUCUCAUGGUGUUGCCCUGACAUUGACCAGGCUAGCCUUGAACUCAGAGAUAUUUGUGCCUCUGUGUACCCUUGUGCCUGUCCCCAAACUACUUUUUAUUCUAUAUACUAUCUAAUGUUCAUAAUAUCAAAGCUAGACUAUUAAUUUUAUUUAGUAAACUUGCCUUUUUUUUCCCCUCCAUUGAAGAAGGAAGUGCUCUUAGUCAAGCCAAACUAUUUAAAAUACCUUUUUAGCCAGGUGGCAUUAGCAUACACUUUUAGUCCUAGCACUUGGAAAGCAGAGGUAGGUAGAUCAUCUUUGUGAGUUUGAGGCCUGCCUGGUCUACAGAGUAAAUUCCAGGAUGGCCAGGGCUACCCAGAGUAACAGUCUCGAAAAACCAGAAAACAAAUUCCCUUUCGAUUCUUCUUUUGGCUAGACUAGCAGUUUUAAAAUAAUUGGCUUAGGAAGGACAAUUGCUCAGACUCUAAAAUUUAUUUUUUUUUACAUUUACCUUGAUUAUGUGAUAAAGUUUUAUCUAUUGCUUUUUUCUUUGACUUGUAAUAGUGAAUUAUUGUGGUCCUAAGCCUUCUUAAAACAUGCCUAAAGGUUUAGAAGCCUUAAUUUUUGAGAUAAUGUGAGAUUUUGUUGCAGGAAGGAGAUACGGGGUUUUGGCAAAGCCCAGUGUAAAUUUUAUGUACAUGGAAUAUGAAUGGAAGGUGGUAUUGUAUUUAAUUUUUAUCACAGCUUUCUUUUUAGUAAUGGUUUUCCAGUCAAACAUUUAAUGAAUUCUGAAUUAAUAUUAAGCAGUUUACAUAUUUUCAUACCAUCUCAUCCUGAAAAUGUUAGUAAUUUUUCCUUUUGCUGUGACAUUUGGGAAUAGUUCCAACUUGUUUUAAAAAUACUCACUGCUCAUGAGUGCUGGCUGACUGUAAGGGGCUGGAACUCAGUCCUGGUGUAGUGCAGUUUUCAGGUGAGCCCCAUCUGAAAGCUUAUAUUGAGUUAUGUACUCCUGAUACUGAGAUGAGGUCAGAGAGGGUUUUGGUUUUGGGGACAGGGUUUUGUUAAUGUAAUCUAGGUUGGCCUUUAACUUACUUUGUAGUUUAGAUUGCUUUGAAUUUGAGGUUCUGCUGCCUUAGACUCCCCAAGUGCUGAGCUUGUAGGUGUGUUUGUAGGUGUGUGUCCCCCUGCUGGCCUCUGGGUCUACUUCUUAAUGGAGAGGAAGAUGAUUGGGGGGGGGGGGUGUUGCCAUUGCUUUAGUUACAUCUGUGUGUGUGUUUAAAGUGAGCGUUCCAUUAGCUAACUUACUCUGCUCCUGGGGUAUAUAAAAUUUUCUUUGAGGGUUAUUAGGAGUUCUCCAUGGCCUGUUUUCUAACUUUAGUUUUUUGGAUUUGGCUUUUUCGAGAUAGGGUUUUUCUGUAUAUCCCUGGCUGUCCUAGAACUCACUCUGUAGACCAGGCUGGCCUUGAACUCAGAAAUCCUCCUGCCUGUGCCUCCCAGAGUGCUGGGAUUACAGGUGUGCAUCACCACGCCUGGCCUGUUUUCUAACUUUAAAUUGUUGAUUUUCUAUCAUAAUUUUCAACACAGAAUGCCUUUUUAUGAUUGGCUGGAAAUAGUUCUGAGGAGGUUCAUAAUUGGCUGAAAGAGUCUGUUAACACCUCCAGCCUUUUCUUGUGGCUCAGGGACAUGGUAAAGGAGUCAGAUCAGUAUUUCUAUAGGUAUUCUGUCAGGCAGUAUUGCUUUGUGCACUCCUGACACCAAGUGUAGCAUAUUUAUAUGAUCAUAAUGGAGAUUUCAGAACAUUAAAAAUAACUCACUUUAGGAAAAGUUAGUUGUUGCCAAGAUGUCUUUGUUUUGUUUGGGGUGCUGGGGCUACACUCACAGUGCUGUCUAUGCCAGGCGUUUGCUUUAUCCACGAGGUUUAACAUUUGAGUGGGCCUCUUAUUAUCAAAUGGAUAAAAUCACAACUUUAACUGAUUCGUUCAUUGAGAAGUCUCUCAUGAUUUAUUACUUGCUGAUAAAUUUUGAGCAUCCCUUUUGAAGAAUACCAAAAAAUCUGUCUCAUAGAUGCUUGUGACUUAUUUCUGUCCUUCUUUCCUCCCUCUACCCCUUCUCCUUUUCUUUUUCUGUGCAGCUCCAGCCAGAGGUUUAAGUUUGACAUCAGCUAUAUACUGGGGCAGGACUCUGAAUAUUUAUACUUGAUUCACUUCUUACUCAUUAAGACAGACAAGCACUAUAUUUUCCUUGUAGUUUCUUUAGUAGGUCACACAGAGUGGUUGGUACCUGGGAUAUAUAAAUGAGACAAAAAUUCAGUGGAUUAUAUAAGCUCAGGCAAAAGGAAAAAAGAUCCUCCCCCUGAAAAGUGUCAUGGAAGUAUCAAAAAGACCUGUUUUGUUUGUGUAGGUUUUUUGGAAUGUAAUUAAGUAUGAUUUGAUUUUUUUCAUCAGGUAGCCAACAUCUCUAUAUUUUGCUACCUAGCAAGUGAAGCCAGUAUGUUUUUUGUCAGGAAUGAGACCAUAGCAAGCCUCAUUUAGCAAAGUGCAAAGUAGUCUUGCCUCAUGUGGCCUGUUGUAGUGGCUACAGUUGUUUUUUCCAGGAGUUGUAUUGUAGCUCCAUCUUCGACACUGGUUCUCAUCUGCCUUUUCAUGCUUUAGACUAAUUUGUAGGGUGUAUUAAAAGAAAACGAGACUCUGCUUUGUAGCUAGGGAUUGCUACAAAGGUUUUGUGCUGUGGCCCUGGAUCAUCAUUAUAAACAUCAACAGGUGGUGGGUGGGUGGGGUGGGGAUGAAUGCUGGAGAAUGAACUGAUCACUAAACGGGAGUGCCUGGACAGGAAGUGCUCUUCAUCAUUUCUAGCAGCUUUCCCUGAGCUCUGCCAUCAGCUCUGCUCCCCCCAGAGUUUGCUAUGUUUAGACCCAUCAGGGUAUCCUAAUUCAGACGAUUGUCCAAGCUUUUAAAAGCUGUCAUGGUGCCUUCUCUUAAUGCCUGCCCUUGCACACUUAACAGGUAAUUGGAUUUUUUUUUUUUUUUUAAUUUUUGAUAGUGCCCUCACUCUGAAAAAGCCCCAUUGGGCACUGUGACUUGAAUUUCUACAUCUUUUGUUGUUUUGUUUUAAGAAAGGAUCUCAGUAUGUAACCUUGUCUAUUCUGGAACUCACUAUAUAUAUAGACCAGGCUGGCCUUAAGCUCACAGAGAUCAACUUGUCUCUGAAUCCUGAAAUCUUUUACACACAGAAAACCCUAACAUAUUAAUACCUAAUGAACAAAAAGGAUGGGAUCAUAACUAUGAAAGUCAUCACCUAUGUACUCCAUAACAGGAAGCAGAAAGCUUUCUUAAGGGAAAGAAUUUCAUGUGCCAGAACUGAAGUGUAAUGUUCUGACAAAGGGAAGGUCACAUUGGUGCCCAAACCAAUGUGUUCAAAGUUCAGGUGAUCAAAUUGUUAUGAAUGUAAGCCUUACAAGAGUUAAAUCUUAAACAUAUACAGUUUUCAAUUUUAUUUUAAAAAUGAUUUGUUAUACUUUUUGCUAGGUCAUUCAUUGCCUUUGAAUGGCUUUAAAACUAUAAUUUUCUUUAAAGCACAAUGGGAAUCAAUGAUGCUGUUCCUGUUUCACUUUCGGGUUGUACAUUUUAAUGGAUUAAAGAUCACACCACCAUAUCACCUGUGUUUGCUGUUAUUGUUCUUUCUUGUGGAAGGACCUAUAGAACAGAGCGUAUUGGCCAGGGGAGUUGGUGUCCUGAUCAGAGGUGGAACAGUGGCAAGGCAGCUCACUUUGCCCUCCACGUGACACUGAGCCUGGUUAGCAGUGAGCUGGUAAGGCUGUUCUCCAACUGCUUGAAAGCAGUGAGUAGUCAGGAGAGUUGUAUCUUCCAGCUGUAGUCUCUCACAGUGGGGAGGAUAGGGAGAACUCUACUGAAAUAUUUCCUUUCCACGGGUGACCCGGGAGGCAGUGGAGAAGUGGUACUGACUUUCUCCAGUCCUGGGAAAGGUUUGCGGGUUUUAUUUUAUUUUGUUAAGAGUCUCACUAUGCAGCCUUGUCAUUCACUAUUGGCUGGUCUCAGAAUGGAGUUCAGCCUGGCUUUGAACUCAUAGCAAUCACCAGCCUCUGCCUUAAGAGAACUGGGGUUGGAGGAGUUUGCUACUAUACUGGAGGUCUCUCUCUCUCUCUCUCUCUCUCUCUCUCUCUCUGUCUCUCUCUCUCUGUCUCUCUUUCUCUCUCCCCCCUUUUUACCUUGUUAGAACAUGGUCAUGGUGCAUGGGGAACUGUGAAAGAGUCUCCAGUAAAACAGGCAGAACAACAGGUCAAUUUUGUUCCCCUUGAUUGUUUACAAAUAUGAUUUCGUGCCUUUGUGACAAAAAUUUGCAAUCAACUUUUAAGUCAUGUUUCUUUUUUGGAUGUUGGAAGAUAGCUGUAGAGCCCAAUUUGGUGAAAGGACAUGCUGAGUGCUCUCCUCAGUGUGCCCUGAAUCUGGAUAUGGUCUUCUGUCUUGCUUUUGUGCUUUCCCAGAUAUAAUCUAUAGUAUUCUCCAGGCAAUGUGUUAUAACUGUUUUGUCCUGAGAAAAGUUUUUAAAUUGAUCUGUUCUGGGAAAGGGCUGCUCUGUUAAUAUUUAGUAUGUGCUUACUGGCAUUUUAUUACAUUUUUUUCUGAACUCAACCUUUGGAUCAUUGCUUUCAUUGUUACAUUUGUGUAUAAAAUGCACUGAAACUAAAGUAAAGUUGUCUGCAGCAUUA